UCUUCUCAAAACAAAAAUCAAUAAUUAGAGCUUUACUCAAAUGGCAGAAUUGGCUGUGUCUUUAGUUGUUGACCACCUACUUCCACUGUUAACAGAAGAAGCCAAUCUGUUGAGAGGUAUUCACAAGGAAUUUGCAGAUAUAAAAGAUGAACUUGAAAGCAUUCAAGCAUUCCUUAAGGAUGCUGAUAAAAGAGCUUCAACAGCUGAAGGAGACAACUCUAGUGAAGGAGUCAAAACUUGGGUGAAGCAAGUUAGGCAAGCAGCUUUUCACAUUGAAGAUAUCAUUGAUGAUUAUAUGAUCCAGGUGGGACAGCAGCCUCCUCAUUCUGGAUGUGUAGCUUUGUUCCAUAAGCUCAAAAGUAUGAUCUCUCGCCAUCGAAUAGCGUCUGAGAUUCGAGACGUUAAGUCAUAUAUUCAUGGGAUGAACGAAAGAAGUGAAAGAUAUGGCUUCCAACGUUCUUUGGAACAAAGAUCAAGCAGUUCUAGAGAAGCUCAGAUUUCCAAAUGGCAUGACCCUCGAUUGUCUGCUCUUUACAUGGAAGAAUCUGAAGUUGUGGGCUUUGAAGAGCCAAGGAAAAAGUUGAUUGAUUGGAUGGUAAAUGGAAGGGGCGAGCGCACUGUAGUUUCCGUGGUAGGGAUGGGAGGGCAAGGAAAAACCACUCUUGCCAAGAAAGUAUUUGACAGCAAGGAUGUCGUUGGCCACUUCAAUUGUCGUGUAUGGAUCACAGUCUCUCAAUCAUAUAAUGCUGAAGACUUGUUGAGGAAGAUCCUGAUAAAGUUAUGCAAAGAAAAAGGAGACAAUGAUCCUAGGGAUUUUUCUCAAAUGGAUCGAGCAUCAUUGACCGAUGAAGUGCGAAACUACUUGCAGCAAAAGAGGUAUGUUAUUGUGUUUGAUGAUGUUUGGAGUGUACAUUUUUGGGAUGAUAUUGAAUUAGCUGUAUUUGAUAAUAAAAAUGGAAGUAGGAUAGUUAUCACAACUAGGAACCAAAAAGUUGUGAUUUCUUGUAAAAAAUCUUCUUUCAUUGAGAUUCUUAUGUUGGAACCUUUAACUCAAGAACAAUCUUUAGAGCUGUUCAAUAAGAAGGCAUUCAAAUUUGAAUGUGACGGGUGCUGUCCAAAAGAGCUCACUGGUAUAGCCAUUGAAAUUGUUCAAAAGUGUAAUGGCUUACCUCUAGCAAUUGUGGCCAUUGGUGGGCUUUUGUCUACAAGAGAGAAAACUUGGUUUGAGUGGCAUAAAUUUAGAGAAAACCUAAGUUUAGAGCUAAAGAAAGAUACAAAUUUGAUAGGGAUAAAAGAAAUUCUUGGUUUAAGCUAUGAUGAUUUACCUUAUUAUCUCAAGUCAUGUUUGUUGUAUUUUGGAAUAUAUCCAGAAGAUUAUGUAGUUAGAUCAAAGAGAUUGAUUCGGCAAUGGAUAGCUGAAGGGUUUGUGAAGGAGGAAAAGGGGAAGACUUUGGAUGAAGUAGCAGAAGGAUAUUUAAUAGAGUUGAUUCAUAGAAGCUUGGUGCAAGUAUCCUCACUUAGAAUUGAUGGUAAGGUUAAAUUUUGUCGUGUUCAUGAUCUAAUACGCGAGAUGAUCCUUGAAAAAAAUGAGGAUUUAAAUUUUUGCAAGCAUAUUGAUGAUGGACAAUCACCUUUAAGUGGAAUAAUUCGACGCUUAUCAAUAAUAGCCUACGAACGAACCAAUUUUGAUGAUUUAAUUCCGCGAAAUGAAAGGUCGCAUGUUCGGUCCUUAUUAAGUUUUACAAAUGAAUUAUCAAAUUUCUCAUUUUAUAGGACAAUCCCUAAAAAAUAUAGGUUGUUGAAGGUUCUUGAUUAUGAAUAUGUUCGGUUUUCUGAUGUUCCUAAUGAGUUGGGAAAUUUGGUCCAUUUGAAGUAUUUAAGGCUGAACUAUAUUACAGUUGGUAAUAUUCCAAAAUCCAUUGGCAUGCUCCAUAACCUAGAGACCUUAGAAAUAUGGCAUAGAGACACCCUUAUGUUGCCAAAAGAGAUUGGCAAGCUUAGAAAGCUAAGACAUCUUAUCGGCACAAUUAUUUCUUUGAUUGAAGUAAAGAGUGGUAUUGGAGAGAUGUCAUCCCUACAAACGCUACGUUGUGUUGAUUUAGAUAUGGAUGGAGCUGCAGAGGUAAUUAAAGAGUUAGGAAAGCUGAAACAGGUCAGGGAAUUGGGGUUGAUUAAUGUUCGUCGAGAAGAUGUCAGCCUACUAUCUUCUUCAAUCAAUGAUAUGCAACAUUUGGAGAAACUAAUUGUUGGAUCAUAUAAGAAUACAGAUAAACUCAAUGAUUUGGAUUUGAUUUCUUUGUCAACUACGCUUCGAAAACUUACACUACGUGGAAGGCUAGAGAAGUUGCCAGAGUGGAUGAUAGAGCUUCAAAAUAUUGUUGAGUUGAAGUUGAUGUACUCCCGUUUCACUGAAGAUCCAAUUAAAUCCCUAAAAAGUUUGCAAAACUUGUUGAAGCUCUCUAUAGGCAUUGGUUCUUGUGUAGGGCUAAAGUUGCAUUUUGAAGAUGGAUGGUUUCAGAAACUAAAGGAAUUGCAUGUUGGAUAUGCGGAUGAAGUAAGAGCUGUUAUCAUCCACAAAGGUGCGCUUCCUUCUCUUAAAAAGCUCGAGUUACUAGUACUGGGCAGACUGAAGAAUAUACCUACUGACAUUGAGCACUUGGAGAAUCUAGAAGUUCUCCACAUUCAAAGUAUGGAACUUGAACCUGUGGAAACACUUUCUAUUGAGGAUAUGAAUUGGGUCAUGGAGCAUGUACCCCAUGUAGAAUUCAGCCUUCAUCAUGAUCAGUAUGCUUCCUUCAGGCAUUGAGCUUCAAGUGCAAUGGCAAUUCAGAUUCUCCACAUGGACUUUUACUACAACAACACUUUAAAAAAAAUUAUAUGUUCUGUUCUCUAAUAAUGAUGUAAGAAAUCUCUAAAUUGUUUCUUUUGAUUUGAUAUUUGAGUUGUUUGUAAUUGUAGUAUAUUAUGUAUGCAUGUAUUGGGCAUGUAGCUCCUUUUAAAUUAUGUACUCAGCAUUUUAAUUCAACUUCAAACCGUAUAUUUCAACAACCGGCCUGUAUGUAUCACUAUUAUCAACCGUGGCAUUGUAUCUU